AUGUCGCUCAGCGCAAAGUACCAAGCCUUUCUGGGUAGCCCGUCAUCCGCCGCGCUCUCCGACAACGCGUCCCUCCACUACAUCACGACCCUGACCAGCCUCAACGAGCCCGCCGCCAUUCUCAAGCACCUCGCGGUGCAGGACAAGCUCCUCAAGAAGAAGGCCGAGAAGGUGAUAGGGGCCGUGGAGAGCGCCAAUGGACUGUGUCUAGACGUGGAGACGACUAUCGAAUUCAUCUCGGGCGGUGGCGCCUUCCUGCCCGGGCUCGACGACAACUUCGUUGCCGACAGGAUCGUGACGUUCCCCAUGGUUCACAUCGUGCACUUCGAUAAGAACAAGGACAUUGCGCAAAUCCGCCUUUAUUGGGACCAGGGCUCGCUGUUGAAACAGAUCGAUGUCAUCGGUGCGCGCGCUCGCAACUGGCCCAUUCGAGAUGGGAGGGAUCAAUCGCGCCUUAUUGCUUCGAGCUCAGCCCUGGUCGCACAGCCUGAGUCUGCUGCAUCGUCCCGACGCUCGACCACUUCCCGGGGCGGCGCAGACGAGGUUGUUGUGACGGAGCGCCCCGCGAGCUCGAGGAGCACCGUUAGCAACGCCAUGAACGAUCCCCACGCUACGCUGUCUCUAUUCCAGCCUCGCGAUACCAACCAGGAUCGCACCUAUGCCCGCCCCUCUGCAGCUCGGGCCCAAUCAGCGAAGCCUCCUCCACGUGACUACUCGGAGCUGUUUGCCGGGGAAGAGCCAGAGUCACCCUCCCCAGUGGGUACCGCUCCUUCCCCGCAGAAGGCAGCGCGCAUCCCAGUCAAAUCAGGUGGCGGCACAAAUUUCAAGCCCAACCGCCUGUUUGGGGAGACUGAAGAGGAGAAGGCUAUGCCGACGCCAAUGAGCGUCAAGACCAAUUCUAAGAAAUAUGACCACUUUAACUUCGGGGAUGACGAGGAUGAACAAGCAACGCCCAAAGUGCGCGAGACGGCACGCCAGAAGCACAAGUCCAAGCACAUGUCACAGUGGGACUUCGAAGACUUCGUCACCCCCGAGAAGACGAACCUGAAAAUCCUGGCACAGGCCGUUCGACACUUUGGGUGGAGCGACGAUGAGGCUGAUACGUCUCCUGUUCGUCGUCCAAUAGUCCACAAAGCGCGUCCGGAUGCGGACCCUCAUUUCGAGUUUGUUGACGACGGCGCCCCAACGGAACCCCGCAAGGAAAACACUUCUAAAGGUCGUCUUCACAACAACGGUCUUGGCCUCUACAAGGAUCAUGUUCUACACUCCACCUCGGACGACGAGGGCGAAGAUGCUCACAAGGGUGACAACAAACGUCCUCUGGGGGAUGUGACCACCACCAUCAAGAACGAGAACCGCAAGAAAGACUUUGGUAGCCAGUGGGAGAUGACCGAUCACAGCCCGGGACCGCAGAAGACGACUUUCAAUGGAAACGGGAAUGGCAAUGUCAAACAUGUUCCCGAGGAUCGCAAGAAAGUACUCCAGGGCCUUAAUGCCCAUUGGGGCUUAUACGAAGAUUCACCAGAGCAAUCGAAAAAGGAAAACGUGAACACAUCGACUGUUGGCGUCAAGACCACCGGAAACGGCAUGGGGGGCCGCAAAGACGACGGUCGCCAUUGGGCCAUUGGCGAUGAAGGCGAUGAUUAUGUCGCAAUACCUCCCAAAGCUCCGGGAAACCGGCCGCAAGAAUCCAAGGGAUUCUGGGACUUCUAG